AUGAGGAGAUUCUUCAAAGUCGUUCCAGGAGACUCAGAAGGCAGCUCUAAAUUAGAAGCCGAAGAAGACUCGCCUAAAUCUAGCCGAUACAUCUGCAUGGACUGUGGCAAACAAUACGCAACCUCCAGCAACCUCUCGAGGCACCGACAGACGCAUCGAAGUCUCGACUCGCAAUCGGCCAAAAAAUGCAUGACAUGCGGUAAGGCCUACGUUAGCAUGCCGGCCUUAGCGAUGCACGUACUCACACACAAACUCGCGCACAGCUGCGGCGUCUGCGGCAAACAGUUCUCGCGACCGUGGCUCCUGCAGGGCCACCUGCGCUCGCAUACCGGCGAAAAGCCGUACGGUUGCGCGCACUGCGGCAAGGCGUUCGCCGAUCGGUCCAACUUGCGCGCGCACAUGCAAACGCAUUCGGCCGACAAGAAUUUUCGCUGUUUAAAGUGUAAGAAGACGUUCGCGCUUAAGUCAUAUCUAAACAAACAUCAGGAAUCGACCUGUUGGGAUUACAAUAAGGAGAGCGAUCCGGACGACCCGAACGAUCCGGUCGUCGAAAACGUACGCAAAAUUUUGGGUAACUCUAGCAAUUAA